AACCAAACCCGAUCGAACCUGCAGUACCAAAUACUCGGAUAUAUAGCCUACUUGUGUACUAAUUUCUAUCAUAUAGGUCGGCUACAACAAUGAUCGAUGCGUUGUGUGGUUUCUUAAGAGGAAAUGUGUAUUGUAAAGGCAAGGAAAAAGAUGUGAUUCAUGUGGAGGAAGGACCCAUCAUACAUAAAAUCCGCACCCAAAGAAGACAUUCGAUAGACGAAGCAGAACUCACUUGGCACCAUACAAGAAACUGGUUUCCCGGCAAAACAGUACUAGAGAUUGGGGACCCGUCGAGAAAUGUCAUCGAGAUGAUCUUCAAAGCGACAACAGACACUACAAGAUGUUCCAUAAACAUAAAACAAGUCAUUAAGCUGAAUAAUUCAAGGGAAACUCUAGAAAAUUUUGAGAAAUUCAGAGAGGACGUCAAGAAUAGAGACGAGUGUUAUAACAAGCAUCCGAGAAACAAUGUGGAUGGUAACGAACACUUAAUGUUCUAUGGCACAAAACUCACAUGUUGCAAGCAAUUUGCAACAUCCAAGCUAUGUAGAGACUCGAACUGCAACAUUUGCAGCUUACUUAAAUCAGGUUUCAAGAAUACCGCAAAGAAGAAACCGGGGAUAUGGUUAACCACAAAUUGUCAAGAUCUUAUCAAUGCUAAUUCUGACGCUAAUCUAAAUGUAGAGAUGGUAAAUGGGAAAAUGGCUAUCAUGGUUUGCCGGGUAAUAAUUGGAAGAUUGCUUGAUAUGAUUGAUAGUAGCUAUGAAGGUGACUAUGAUUCUAUUGAAGGAGAAAAACCGAACGAAUUGUUUGUAAAAAACCCGGAUGCUGUACUACCUUGUUUUGUUAUUAUUUUGAAUUGCAGGUACAUCUAACAAUUUUAAUUGUAUGAUAAUUCUAAGCCUAGUUAUUUA